AUGUAUACCACCGGCCUGGCCCCUUUCUAUGCAGCUUCUCAUUUUAACAUAUGGUCAGCUUACUGCACUGGGGGUGGGGGUGCUGGCUUCCCCCCUCUGGAUCCCGGGAAGAAGCCGUCUUUUUGCAUUGCAGACAUCCUGCAUGUAGGGGACUCUGACAGCCCCCCUGGUUCUUCAGGACUGACAGCAGCCCAUAUGGGGGUCCUGCACCAAGCCCAGUACCAGCCAGCAGGUUCCCCUCUGAGACCUACCCCAGUGACCCCAGAUUCAUCCACUGGAUUCCACCACAGACUGUCCCCAAUGUCCCCCUACCAACCCCACCGGCCAGCUGGCCUCUGCAGCAACUCCAGCCUCAGCUCAGUUAGGAUGCAUGGAGCCUCCCACCCUGCACCAUCCAGCAAAGAUCUCAAGUUUGGGAUUGACCGGAUCCUCUCUACCGAGUUUGACCCCAAAGUAAAGGAAGGCAACACAUUAAGAGGUAAUGAAUGAAUUAAUUACAUCUCUUAUUAAAGUUGGGUAUUCUGAUUUUGGAGUAAUAGUUGCCAGAUCUACAUGGAGACCAAUCCUUGUAUUUAUUAAAAGUAGUAUUUUAUUAUGAUAUAUUAUGUUUAUACAUACACAUCCAUACUCAUACUAUGACUGAUAUAUCCAUGUAGAAUGUAUUGGCCAAUCAAAGAAAAACUAUUGCAGGGUCAUUCUUAAAUUGUUUCCAUAAAAUAUUAACAUAUCGAGUUUCUGGAAUGUUGUAUAAUCAUGUAUUAAGCCAUAUUGUCAUUUGCUUAGAAAAAAAACCCAGAAAAAAAGCCCAACAGCAUAAUUUCCUACAUUAGCGAUGGGAACUUGCUGAAUUAUCAAACCAUAUGUCAUAUAACUUUAAAAAAAAAAAAAAAUACAAUCAGUAUUUCAAAUAGAAAUAAGGAAUAUAUUUUUUUGGAAAUAGCUGACUAAUAGAAACUUCGAUUCACAAAAGUCUCUUAUUUUUAUACUACAUGUAAAUAUGACGUGUUGAUCAUAAACAUUUACAUACACUUUCCCCCCCAAGAACAAUUAUGUAUUCUAAUGUACAUGAUUAUACACAUGAUAUAUAUGUUGUAUUACACAUACCACUUGCAGGCAGAUAAUGCAUAUGAUUAUAAAGUGUGAGAUACACAGUUUCACAUUGAUAGACUGAUCAUUCCUGAUAUUAUAAAUUCUAUUCUAUAUUAAUUCUGAAGGUUACUAGUUAAUAUUUACACCAAGAUAAUUUAUGAUAAUAUACCCCAUAUUAUAUAUAAAAUCAAGGUCAAUGCUAUAAUUGUUCUAAUGACUCUAUCGCAUAUUUACUAUCAUAAAGAGUUCUUAUACAUUCUGAGUGUUACCUUAUAAUAGUCCAUAAUAUAAAAAGGGGGAUACAAAAAAAAUGCUAAAGGUUCUCUAUAAUAUUUAUAUCAUGAAUAUAUUAUAAACUUCAAACGAUGCUGUAAUUAUGUUUACUGUUAGACGAGAUAUUUUUUGUGCAUUCUCCCGAUAGAUAUGUAAUAUUUAAAGACAUAUAAUAAUUCAUAGAUCUGAGAUACAAGAUGUAUCAUCCCCAAACAUCUGAACGAUAAAUGAUAUAUUAUGAGUGGUAAAAUAUUAUAUUUACAGCAGGGAAAUAAUGGGAAAUAGUCUAAAUUCCUUAUACAUUAUACAUUUAACAGAUGCAAUUUAAAUUAGUUUCUACACUCCAUAAGGAUAUUAUACUCAGACAUAAUAUUUCAAAUAGGACAUUGGAGUACUUACCUGUGCAUUAUUCAUUACAAAUCUGAUAUAUCACAUUGGAACCUAGAUAUUGGAUACAUUGUACUUAUACAGAGAUCUACAGAGAUCUACAAUAGUGUUUCAUAAAAUUGAACACUUGUUACUUUGUAUUUAUGUAAUAAAGGAAUUAUAACUAAUAUAAAAUAAACUAAGGCUAGGUGCACUGUCCUGUACUGUUUGGCUGUGGUCAGGGGGGUGAUUGUGUGCUGUGAUAUGUAACAGAGAUAUCCUUGUAUUUGUGAAUACAGAUCUGACAUCAUUAAUCAGUACAGGCCGCCAGCCAGGGGCCUGUGUUCAGCACAUCCAAUCUGCAGCCGGACCAUUCUUCACCUCCUUAGAACACAUUAACGAGACAUCCUCUAUUCUGGGGCAAAUUAACAGUAACCAGAGGAGCUCAGUACAACAGCAAUUUCAGGACACUUUUCCAGGUACAAAUAUUAAAGCCCUUUCUGAGACAUUGUCUUAUGGUCCAGUGAUACACUACUACUAUCCCCUGGUUAUCACAAAGAAUUCAUGGAUCAAUAUUAAAAUAAAGUCCAAUAAAUCUGAUUUUCAGAUACAUCAAGUCAUAUAUUUUGUAAUUGUCCCCCCCCCAAAAAAAAUAAAAAUACAACUCUCGAGGUGCACAAUAUAACAGAGGUGAAACGAAUUUCUCAUCUGAUUCAAAAUACACACACAGAAAAAUACAUAUAAUAAAUCGCCCAGAUGUAUUGCAUGUUAGUUCUAUAGAUUAGUGGGAUUAGUUAAAAAACAAAAAAAACAAAACGCAGAAUUAUGGGAAAUUGACAAUUUCAGGCCAAAUUAGUAGAAAUGGAAAAAAAUCUCCCAAUCUCCUUUAUGUUUCCAGUUAAGCUAUUUUAUCUUUAAAUUUGCAAUUCUCUGGUCAAUUACUCACCACGCAAAUUUAUGGUUUAGUGAAUAAGCCCACGCAGGGAUUCUCAGGAAAUUGCAAACUGUGGGACAAAUAUAUUUCCAAAUUUAAUAAUUUGGCUUUACCUACCUUGCAAUGGCCUGGCGAUUUCCCUUCAAUUCACAGUUUAGUGAAUACUGUUUCUAUGUGUCUUUGUUUUGACAGUUGCAUCUUGAUAAAGGAAAAAAAUAAAUAAAAAUUUAUAUAUAUAUAUAUAACGGUCCUAAAGUGUGACCGAAACGUUAACCUUCCUUGUUUUUAUUCUCCAUGCAAUUUUAGGGAAUUAAUCAUUAAUGGGAACUAUGCAGACUUAACAAGGAAAUUCAAAAUUAUGGGGUCAUAAUCAAAGAGUUGGAAAUAUAUACAUAUCUGGGAGAAAUUUUUAGAUUUGCCUAUUUUGAUCUAAAUCUGGCAAUGCCCAGUUUAGUAAACCAACCACAAUGAGUUUGCUUUAUAACCCAGCUGUGUGCUUGUAUGUGCACCAAAACACAUCACUUUAACCCUAUAGAGUGUGUAUAUAUGUGUGUGUUUGUGUGUGUGUGUGUGUGUGUGUGUAUACAUAUAUAUAUAUAGCUGUAUAUAAACUGUGCAUUAAAAUAUUUUGUUUAAUUUAAUUUAUUUAUAUUUGAUAAUUUUUAUUUAUAUUUUGAUUUCCCCCUCCUUCCAGGCCCUUAUGCAGUUUUGACUAAGGACACCAUGCCCCAGACCUACAAAAGGAAGCGGUCCUGGUCAAGAGCUGUUUUCUCUAAUUUGCAGAGAAAAGGGCUGGAGAAACGCUUUGAGGUCCAGAAAUAUGUCACCAAACCGGACAGGAAGCAGCUGGCCGCUAUGUUAGGACUUACCGAUGCCCAGGUAAGGAGCUCUCAAUUCCUCACUUAUAUGAGAGUCUCAUAACGUUCUAUAGGCUUGUUCAGACAACUUCCUAGUAAUAUGGACACAACAUAAUGGACACACUGCUAAGAUUACAUCAGAUUACAGGGAGUCGUGUUAGCUGUGGAGCCGAAACGUUGAUCACCUUUUAUAUUCUUACCGUUGAUUAAAUAAAAAAAAUAAAAAAUAAAUCAGAUUUAAUUUCUUUACAUCGCUGUGUAUAACUUUUAAAAUCACAGCAUUAAAGUCCACUUGACAUAAUAAGAAAGUAAUUAACUAUAUAAUGAUCAGACUUGAGAGCCUGUAUUUUUCAUGCAUUUUGUAAUUGCAAUUAAUAUAAAUAUUUAUGUAUAAAUUAUAGCAAGAGCAAAAAUUGAUAAAACUCAAUUUGAACUUGUAUAUAUAUAGAUAGAGUUUUUAAAAAAAAAAUAUAUUCUGAGAAUUUAUGUAAUAUUUUCACUCUACACCAAAUAAGUUUAACUAUUUCAUAGGCAUAGAGAUUAAUUAUAAGAUUUUUAAAUUUUAACCUUAGUUCAUUUAAAAUACUGCACACUCUCACACACAAAUAUAAAACUAUCCUUCAAUUCUAGGUAUAUUAUCUACAUUAAUUGUUGUUAAUAUUAAUAAUAGCCUGGAAUCAGAGAUAAAUACAAAUUCGAUUAAUGCAGACAUAUAUUUUUGAGUAAACAUUUUGUUACUCUGUGUUAGAAAUAACCCCCAAAUGUAAUCAUCUAAUGAUAAGGCUACAAACUAAAUGUCCAGAAAACAGAUAGAAUUUUUUUGAAAUAUAGGAUUUGAGUUAUAUAGUGUGUUUAAUGUUAAUUGUAAACCGUGGCAAAUAUUUUAAUUAAAUAAACAUGGUUAUUCUGUCUACUGCACAUAGCUUGCUAUUGAAGAGUUGAACCGAUUUUUACAAACUUUGAGACAUAAAAAACAUACAAAAAAAUACGAGGUCUGUGGCCAGUUCUGAUUUUUUUUUUUUUUAAAUAACUGUUAGGGAAAUAUAAUGUAUGUGUACAAUUUUUUAGUGCUGGUAAAUUGUGUAAUAAAGGAUUGAUAGGGAAGUGAAAAUAUGUAGUCUUUCUUUUUUUUUCUUUUAAACGGAAUCAUCAAACAUAAGGCUGUAUAAUGAGAUCUAUUAGUGCAUCUGAAGUCAUUGUGGUUACAGUGUAGCAAGAUUAUGGUGAGUUGAAGCAACCCAUUCCUUUUAAACCCCUCCAAUCUCCCCCUUUUUUGCAUUGCACAAUGAGGCUCAAAACGAUGAGAUAUUAAAAUAGACAAAGAGAAAAGGGAACUACAGGACAAUUCUCUCACAUAAUAAAUACUUCUGCUUUAUUCUUUAGAAAAUAGUCAUUUUUUGUUUUGCUGAGGUAUGAGAUGCAGAGCUUUAAAGGGAGGACAACUGUCCAGCACUGCACCAGAUAAAGUGUACCACAAGAUAUAUUUGAGCAAUUUGCUUUUUAUAUUUAAAUCUCUUUCUUUUUUUUUUUUUGCAAGAAAAUGUCUCUUCUCUGUCACUUGGGAAGAUUCUAUAAGUUAUGUUUAAAACCCUAUUUUAAUCAGGGUAAUUAUCUGGAUCUCUUGGGGACAAUAUCCACAUACAUUUUUUAAAAAAAAUUCCAAUUUAUUGAAAUAAUAGUCUCUGCUAGACUAGGGUUCUCAUCCACAAUAAUGAUGCUUUUAGGAUCUUAACCAGGCAGGCAAUUCAAACAAAAUAGUCCUUAAAUAUAGUCAUAAUUGUUUUGAUUCCUUCUGCAUAUUGUACUUGUAAAACCACUGUUUGUUUUUCAUUUAUACAUUUAUCCAGGUUUAUAUGGAAGGGACAUAUAAAUGCAUAUUCCCUAAAUUAAAAAAAAACAACAACGUUAUUGAACAUGCAUAAAGUCACUACUCACUAAAUAAUCAAUUGAAAAUAUAACUAAAAAAAAAUAAUUAUUAUACUAUUAGUAAUAUAAUAAGUUAGCCUAAAUUUUGCAAGCAUGUCCUUAAUGUCACAAUUUACAAUUUAGUUAUUAUAUAUCCUGUUUUAUUUUUCCAAGUGACUUAAUUUGCAUAAUAAAAUAAUUAAUGUGAAUCUAUCUUAUUAAUAUGAAGCUAUUUUAUAAAUAGUUCCUGAAACAUUCAGGGAUGAUUCUGUGAAGUUCAAAAAUUUAGAACCACCUGUGUUGCUCCAUCCGUGGUGGGGUUAAUGUCUUAACGUCACCCCUUUUCACAUUUUGCAUAGUUAUGUAGUAAUAUGGACUGUAAAAAGACUCAAGUCCAUCAAGUUCAGUCUAUCACGUCUCAGCAUCUCCUGUUGAUUCAACAGAAAGCCAGAAACCCAAUUUGACAACAUUUCCAAUAUUUGCCACAAAACGGCAAAACAUUAUUUUUAACUCCAAAAUGGCGGUCAGGUUUCUCCUGGGUUCAAGAAGCUGUUCAUGAUAAAGGAGGGGGACAUAUUCAUAGGGAUGAUUAGAUGAGAGUCAUACUCAGGUUUCGCUCUAAUUUUGGUGGGGUACUGUGGAAGCCUGAUUGGUUGUUUUUAUGUGUUUUUUUUUUUAUUUGACUUCAUUACUUGCCUUGGCAGAUGAAUGCUGAAAUUUAACUUUUGCUACAGUCAUUGGGGUAAAAUCAUUGGAUAUUAAGAUGACGAGAACUGAACUUCUAGACUUGAACAGCUAAGUAGGUUAGAUUGGUUAGACUUAAGUCAGUUGUUCUCAAGAUUAAAUGUAACAUUGAAUGUGCUGCACCCUUUCUAUCAUGAGUGCUUAUUGAGCCACUGCAAGAGAAAACAGGAAAUUAAAAGUAUGAAAUUACAAUGACUUCUGCAAGCAGAUGAAAAAAAACUAGGACAUUGUUCUAUCUAUCUAUCUAUCUAUCUAUCUAUCUAUCUAUCUAUCUAUCUAUCUAUCUAUCUUUCUCUCUCUCUCUCUAUCUAUCUAUCUAUCUAUCUAUCUAUCUAUCUAUCUAUCUCCCUCUGUCUGUCUCUCUCUCUCUCUCUCUCUUUCUACAUACCUGUCUGUGUGUCUAUCUCAAACAAGUAAUCCAUACUUAAACAUCUUGAAUAAUAUUGUAGAUUUAGUUUCUCUUUACUAUAUUAUUGACAUACUGGUAUUGCCAUAAUCUUUCAACGACGGGUUUAUACAAUGCGACAGCAAGUUUAUACAAUGCCUAACAAACUGUGUUAUUUUUUUUGUAUCUUUAGGUGAAAGUUUGGUUUCAGAAUAGACGUAUGAAAUGGAGACACUCUAAAGAAGCUCAAGCCCAGAAGGACAAAGAAAAGGAAGAGGCAGAGAAAACAGACACCCCUUGCCCAGGAGAGGUGGACAUUGACAGAAGCCCAUACAGAUCAGAAGGGGACAGUGAAAGCAGUGAAUGUGAGUCACUAGACCUGAUGGCUAGUGACAGCGAAAGGACAGACAUAACCUCUGAACCCCAGCAAACCAGUGUCAUUAAACCCUUUCCCGUGACUGAGCUCUCCACACCACAGCCUGGGCCCUGCUCAGACCCUCCUGCUCCUCAGAGCCCCCCACUACAUUAAUCCCAAGGAAAAUGGACAAUGUCGGACUUGGGUGAUUAAUUUAUGGGAGAAACUAGUUUCGGAUGCACUGUGAAGAUUUAGCUUGUCUGGGUUGGAAUGGAUAUCUGCACCUUGUUGAAAAUUCAAAGCCUUAAUUUAUACUGCAUAGUUUAGGAGUGCCUCGAGUUCCUCGGUAAAGUACCAGAGAAGUCAUUGCCCAAAUAUUGUGAGAUUGUUAAGACUUGCGGCCGACUUAAUAUCUUUCAAUCCAUGUUUUAAAGAUAAACCACUAUGGCUUGACUUCCUUAAAUUUAUUGCUUUCAGUGCAGUAACUGGACCUCUGGUUGGCCAGGCCUUCAAAGUCUAACCUUUAUCUGCUAGUCUUAAUGUUCACAGUUGUGGUUGGUGCAAAUAACAGAAUGAUGUGCUCUGGAAUACCCUGUAAAUAUAGUAAGAUAUUAUCUCAGAGAGUACAUUGCAAACUGCUUUACCCUCAUAUAGCAUUUGUACCAGUAUUGUACAUGCUACAUUUUGUUCAGUCAUUUAAUUGAAGUUGUUUUUCUCUCCUUGUGUAAAAUCAAUGAUCUCUUACAGACCACACUAGGUUAGAUGAGAGAGGCGAUUGUAGGAAGCAUGUUUCUGUAAUACGAUUCACACUCAGAGACUCUUUAAUUUUGUAUGUUGAUUCUUUAAAUUUAAAACAUUACAAAGGAGGAAUGAACUCAACUCAUUAUAAACGUGUCUGGCAGAUGGUGUUAAAUGAUUAUCCAUACAGAAACAUUAUAUAAAAUACAAUAUAAAAAAUGGGGUAAUCUUAAACCUCUUGAAAUGACACAAUUCAGCUUCAGACGUAUGCCUAGUACUCUAAAAAUACAAACUUCAUUGCCAAGUUCCAUUAGAAGUGAUCUAGAAAGAUAUAAAGUCGGUUUUAAUAAACAUGCUAGUAGCUUCAGUAGCAGUUCCAUAGCAAUGUAGCCCUAAUCCUGGUAACAAUAUGCUACAGGAGGGUAAAAUAUAAUGUGUCCAGUAUUUGACGACUUAGUAUUUGCAGUACUUAUUUAUUGAGUACAGUUGCAGUCCUAGGUAGAAUAUGUACUCUGAUCUUUUGGUUUACAAUGCUCAGAUUUCUGCACCAGCUAUAAGCAGCUGUUAGAACUACAGCUGUUCUGGACUUUAAUUCCUUGUGUCCUAUACAGGAGAUGUAACUUGUCAAGUUAAAUUCUAGAUUCUCUGGACUGCGAGGCUGGCAUAGACUAGUGAGAACUGGGUCCACAGUAGUUAGACGUCAAGUGGCUACCAACCACUAUAUGCAAUGGUGAUACAAAAUGUUCAGGUCUAGAGACGAAGGGUUAGCACAACUGUCAGGAAAUCACAGUACGGAUCCAGAAAAUAUUCAUCGAUAUUGUUGUUCUACAGUGCUCCUUCCUGAACUGUCAUAUACUCUCUGACCAACUAAAAUGUGAAUCUGGUCUUAAUCCUCUAUGUGUAUAUCUCCAAAAGUCUUUACCGUGCACUGAAAUGAUUGUAAAUAAAAAGGUUUAUUAUGGUUUUUGAGCUCAUGAAUUAUUGUAUAUCAUUUAAUAAGAAAAUUUAAAUACAAAAAAAAAGUCAGCUUACAUAAUUGUUGUUAUUAUGUAAUUACCAAAGUCCGAUUGAGAUAUGUCUUCAUAUUAGAAUCUUAAUAUCAGUAUUUUUUUUUUUAUAGUAUUCUGGAAUAGACAGCCUACUGCAUUUCAACUUAGGUGCUUAUCAUUUCUCAAAACACUGAGCCAAUAAAAAAAAGAAAAAAAUCUUUUGACAGCGUAAUUAAAUUCUAAAGAAAGUAACCUGGUGCAGGUGGCAAAUUUGGUUCACAAGUGAUAUCUUAUUUAUUUGCAGAACCCUG